CACCAUCACACCAACUACUAACCCAGCAUCACCGCGCGACCUGGGAGCUGCGCAGUGCAUUGCCCGCCCGCUCCCGCCCCCGUGCGACGCAUACGUCAGGCGCGUGAGCGCAACCCGAGCCGUCGCGACUCCUGAAUUGGCAGCCACCUCCCCCCCUUCCCCCCUCCCGCCGUUAUCCCCGACGGAGCCGCUCAACCGCGCGCGCUCCAUCGCCGACUUCUCCGCCACGAUGCCCCCCAAGAUCGAGGCCAAGGAGAUUGAGACGUACUGGAACAUCUUUUCCGACCGGACGGGCGGCGGCCAGUACCUGACGGGCGAGCAAGCGGCGCCGGUCCUCAAGAACAGCGGCCUGCGCGACGACCAGCUAGAACGGGUGUGGGACCUCGCCGACGUCGACAACGAUGGCAACCUCGACUUUGAGGAGUUUUGCGUCGCCAUGCGCGUCAUCUUUGACGUCCUGAACGGCGAAUACGCCGACGUGCCAAGGACGCUGCCGGACUGGCUCGUCCCCGAGUCCAAGGCCCACCUCGUGCAGGCCAGCCGGGCCAUCACAGGCAAGCAGCCGCAGUUUGAGCAGAUCGAGGACGAUUCGGACGACCAGGGGCUCAAGGACGGAUUCGACUGGUACAUGAGUCCCCAGGACAAGGCCAAGUACGAGCAGAUCUACCAGGAGAACCGCGACAUGCGGGGCGAGCUAUCAUUCAAUGCCCUGGAAGACCUGUACGGCUCGCUCGACGUGCCCGAUACCGACAUACGCUCUGCCUGGAACCUCGUCAACCCGUCCGCAGGUUCCACCAUCAACAAGGAUGCCAGUCUCGCGUUCCUGCAUAUCCUCAACAACCGCCACGAGGGAUUUCGCAUCCCGCGCACCGUGCCGGCGUCGUUGCGUUCCAGCUUCGAGCGGAACCAGAUAGACUACCAGCUCGACAACCAGCGGACGGGCGCGUCGUCGCGGUGGGCGGCCAAGGCCGACGACAACACGGCCACGGGGCGCAAAGCCAAGUUUGGUGACCAGUACCUGACGAGGCUCGGCCGGAGCGGAUUCAAGGCGACGGGGACCGACUUUUCGACGGAGAAGACGGAGGAUUGGGAGGAGGUGCGGCUGAAGCGCCAGCUGCAGGACCUGGACGCCAAGAUCCAAAAGGUCGAGGAGAUUGCCGAGCGGCGCAAGGGCGGCAAGCGGGAUUCGAAGCCGGCGCUCGUCAAGAGGGAGCUGGACCAGCUGCUGGACUACAAGCGCAAGGAACUGCGGGAGCUGGAGGAGGGCAAGGGCAAGAGCGCGGCGGGGAGCGGCCUCAAGAGCAUAUCCGACGACCUGCAGACGGUGCGGGAGCAGGUGGAGGGGCUGGAGACGCACCUGCGGUCGAGGCAGGGCGCCUUGGACGACUUGCGGAGGCAGAUUGACGCGGAGAAGGCGGGUUGACGUGUCGCGUGUGUGUGUGUGUGUGUUGUAAGAGGAAAAGAAGACUCUGGAUCCAAGCGGGCAUCUUUUAUUGUUCAUACGCCUCCAACGUGGUAGAUACCUAUUGACCAACCGAGUAGUGCUUGCAUUACAAUCAUUACCCAGAGAUGCGCGUCGCCCUAUCGUCGGCGGGCAUCUGCUGCCGGACACGGGCAAUCUAUUUAUUACUACGGCUUACCAUGCCUGCCUGCCUAUACGCCGCCAGCCCCUACUCCCGAACUCACCACAUGCUUCCCUUGACAUACUUGGCGGUCCGUUCCGUGGCCAGGGUCCGGCUCUUGAGGGCC